AUGGAUAUCUCCCAAACAGUUUUCAAAUUCCUCAGUAGCCAAAAGAAAGCAAUUGGUUACAGUUUGAUGGGACUGCUAACAGUGGGAAGUGAGCAUUUAUUUUCUCUUUCUGCUUUUAAGUGUCCUUGCAGCAACAAAAACUACACCUAUGGGCUGGUGUAUCUCUUUGUCCCAGCCUUGGUACUACUAUUUGUUGGGUUUGCACUGAAUGGCAGUACCUGGCAGCUGUUCACAGGCUGUUGUGUGAACCCCAGGAAACUAUUUCCCAAAGGGAAGAGCUGCCAUUUUUUUCAUGCCUUUGGCCAGAUCACCUUAAAGGCUCUUGUAGCUCCCGUGAUGUGGCUUUCUGUGGUUUUGCUCAAUGGGACUUUUUAUGAAUGUGCUAUGAGUGGCUCAAAAAAUCUGAAGUACCUGGAGAUGCUUUGCCACAAUAAAUCCAACAAGUGCUUGGAAGAGCUUCCCAAAGUAGCAUGUGGCCAAACUUCCCUGUCCUCUUGGGAGACUGAGGAGAUCCAACUAACACUUCAAGCGGAAUCUCAGAUCGUAGGGUGGUGUGUGAUAGUUACUGCUGCUUUUCUGUCUUUGUUGAUCACUUGUUAUGGUCACUGCCAAUCUAAUACCAGCCAUCUCCAAAAGAGGUUUUGGAAGAUCUACACUGAGAAGGAGAAGGAACAAUUUGAAAAAUAUUUUGAGGACUAUGCCACCAAAUUGAGCGAAAGAAACCUGAAAAGCUUUUUUGAGAAUAAGAAACUGGAACCCUUUCCCAUGCCAAGUUUCCGGGCCUGGGAAGAAGCUUCUGCUUUGGACUCUUUCAACAUUAACCAGCAGAUCUUCAGCACACUCCAUAAACUAGUGGAAGACAGCAUGAAAGAAAAUGAUUCCAAUGAGACACAAGACACAAUGGUAAACUUAGGUGAAGGAGAAACAGUUUAG